AGAUGCGCAGCGGCGGUAGUGUCACGAGCACCCUCGUAAUGUCAAUGUGGACAUCCCAUAAUUUAACUGAGCAUAAGCCGAAAUAGUUUUGCCGUCAAUGUAACGCCGUCAAGUGUAUUAAAUUUACCUCUUCAGUUGUGAAAGACUGUAAAGUCCAAAAGGGAAGUUCCGCGUUUUUGCCCGUGUUCGAUUGAGCAGCUUUCAUUACACAGAAAUAAGAAUGGAAGGCAUGGAAGACGAGCUUCCCUUAAGAAAGCUGGAGGAGGGUGGUUCAUCGAAGCGGUCACAGAGGCAGCAGGAGUGGCAGGGGAAACUUCCAAGGAUACACAAAGAGGUGAAAAUGUCUCCUCAGAGGCCGGACUGUCCAGAACACCUGUCGGGGGGAAGCAUACCUUGGUUGCCUGAGCAGCCCGAUUCAGAAGCCUCUGUAUCAGUUGAGGACACGGCUGAGAGUUGCCCAAAAAGAUGGGAUAGAUGCAGACGAGGGCAUUUUCUACAUGGACCAUAUCCUGAUACUCAUUUUGGACCCAAAGCUUGUGUUCUUCCCAACCCAACCUCAGUCAUGCACAUUCAGGAUCCAGCCAGUCAGCGGCUUACCUGGAGCAAACCACCGCUCAACGUCCUGGUCAUCAGAAAGAUCCGAGAUGAGACCCUUCUGGAGCCAUUCAAAGAGCUUUGCCGGUUCCUUGUGGAUGAGAAACAUCUGAUGGUUUAUGUGGAGAAGAAAGUCGUGGACGAUGGGUCUCUCAUGACGGAUGACUCGUUUUCAGCCGUUCGCAAUCAGCUCUGCACAUUCAGGGAAGGGUAUGACGACAUCUCAGACCGCAUCGAUCUGAUUAUUUGUUUGGGUGGAGAUGGGACUCUUCUGUAUGCAUCAUCUCUUUUCCAGGCCAGCGUUCCCCCGGUCAUGGCGUUCCAUCUGGGCUCCUUAGGAUUUCUUGCACCAUUUAAGUUUGAGUCUUUUAAAACUGAGGUGGAUAAAGUGUUUGAAGGUAAUGCUGCCAUCAUCCUGCGUAGUCGUCUGAAGGUUAAGGUGGUGAAAGGCAUGUUCCAGAGGAAUGAGCAGCUCUUCAGCACUCAGGAGAAUGGAAUAACGCCUCAUAACCACAUAAAUAAUGAAGCAGGCAAAAUCACGCUACAGUUACAGGUGCUAAAUGAGGUGGUGGUGGACAGAGGGCCUUCAUCUUACCUGUCUAAUGUUGAUCUUUACUUGGAUGGACGGCUCAUCACAUCUGUACAGGGAGACGGUGUAAUAGUUUCCACCCCCACAGGCAGCACGGCCUAUGCUGGCGCAGCAGGGGCCUCCAUGAUCCAUCCCAACGUCCCUGCCAUUAUGGUCACCCCCAUCUGCCCUCACUCCCUCUCUUUUAGACCCAUUGUGGUGCCCGCAGGUGUGGAGCUCAUGAUAACGCUGUCACCUGAUGCUCGCAACACAGCCUGGGUCUCGUUUGAUGGCAGAAAGAGGCAGGAAAUCCAGCAUGGAGACAGCAUCAAGAUCACAACCUCUUGCUUUCCGGUCCCUUCUAUCUGUUGUCAUGAUCUGGUGUAUGACUGGUUUGACAGUCUGGCUCAGUGUCUCCACUGGAACGUCCGCAAGAAGCAAACACGUCUAACAGAUGCCAGCGACUCUUCAGAAACCGAGAACUGAAUCCUCACUACGAAACUCACACAAGCGCUCUCACUGUCUGUUGACUUUACAUUCCAGAACGUUUCAGAUUUCAUCAUAGACUCCAGUAAGCUCUUAUGUGCUAUCUGAGAAAUGACACAUUUAAUGUUAGAGGUAAGUGGCAACAAAAUGUUUGGUUACCCUAAAAUGCCAUCGUGUGACUGCUAAACAUCAUGAUGCAGACUGUAUUUCUUAGAGGAUUGUUUUUGCACCUGAUCACUUCACAAUAUGCUAAAUCACUGAUCAGAUUUAUUAUAGAAUAUUUUUUUUUUAUGUAACAUUUAUUAACAAACAUUAAUAUUUAAAUUUGAACUGUUGAUUAAUCCACUUCUAAAUGAUUUAGGAAACCGAAAUCACUAAUACUCCACCA